UUGAAACUUUUCAAUCAGCAGUACAUUCUGCAUAACUACUUGUACGUUUCUCUCUCUAAAACUCCAAGAUCCACACCUUUCUCUCUGUAGAUUACACCAGCACUUAUAUACAUCAGAUCGGUUAUCGUCGAUUACAACUUGUUUAAGCUCGAUUUAGUGUUUGUUUCGAGGAAUUUAGGGCUCAAAAUGGCACAAGCUGUUGAAGAUUGGUACAAACAGAUGCCGGUUAUCACUCGAUCGUAUCUCACUGCAGCGAUUGUUACGACAAUCGGUUGUUCUCUUGAGAUCAUUUCUCCAUAUAACCUGUACUUGAAUCCUAACCUUGUUGUUAAGCAAUACCAAAUCUGGCGGCUGGUCACCAAUUUUCUUUAUUUCAGGAAGAUGGACUUGGACUUUUUGUUUCACAUGUUCUUUCUGGCUCGAUACUGCAAACUUCUAGAAGAAAACUCUUUCAGGGGAAGGACUGCAGAUUUCUUUUUUAUGCUCUUAUUCGGUUCAACCGUCUUGACCACUAUUGUACUUGUUGGAGGAAUGAUACCUUACGUGUCAGAGUCUUUUGCUAAGAUUAUUUUUCUUAGCAAUUCGCUAACUUUUAUGAUGGUUUACGUAUGGAGCAAGCAAAAUCCGUAUAUUCAUAUGAGCUUCUUGGGCCUCUUUACGUUUACAGCUGCUUACUUACCAUGGGUUUUAUUGGGAUUCUCUGUUCUUGUUGGUGCUAGUGCAUGGGUGGAUCUACUUGGAAUGAUAGCUGGUCAUGCCUACUAUUUCCUGGAAGACGUGUAUCCGAAGAUGACUGGACGACGACCACUGAAAACGCCGUUAUUUAUCAAAACACUGUUUGCUGAUGAAACUGUGGUAGUAGCGCGUCCAGCAGAAGUGAGAUUUGCAGCCCCACCUGUCGAAGAAAUCAGAAGAUGAUCAAAUCAAUGGAAGUUACAAGAGAGUUUCAUGUAGAAAUCUUUUUUCUAGAUGUGGAAGGGUAGUUAAAUGCAUAUAAUUUGAAGAUGAUUUGUAAAGAAAUUCUGGGAAAUUAGUAUGAUAUAUGGGUGGUAUGAUUUUUUAUCACCAGCUUCUUGUCCAUAAAUGUUCCAAUUUUGUGUCUGUAUAAUACAAUUCCAUGGACUUUGACC